UGGCGUUGAAGUAUGCGCCGGAUACUGCGAGAGCUGUGGUGCGCGCACGAUUAUUUCCCAGCAUUCCUUUCGCUCUCGUCCUCUUUCCCUUUCGGUGACAAUGUCCAAGAGAGGACGUGGUGGGUCAUCGGGAGCCAAGUUCCGUAUUUCCCUGGGUCUCCCAGUGGGAGCGGUCAUCAACUGCGCUGACAACACGGGUGCCAAGAACCUGUACAUCAUAUCAGUCAAAGGCAUCAAGGGUCGACUGAAUAGGCUCCCUGCCGCUGGUGUGGGCGACAUGGUCAUGGCCACAGUGAAGAAAGGGAAGCCAGAGCUCAGGAAAAAGGUGCAUCCUGCAGUGGUGAUACGACAGCGGAAGUCGUAUCGACGAAAAGAUGGCGUUUUUCUAUACUUUGAAGACAAUGCUGGGGUCAUAGUGAAUAACAAAGGAGAAAUGAAAGGCUCAGGUAUCACAGGCCCCGUCGCCAAGGAAUGCGCAGACCUGUGGCCCAGGAUAGCUUCCAAUGCUGGUAGUAUUGCCUGAGCUCAAAUGUGGCUUGUUUUUCAAUAAAAUCCAGGAAAAAGUU